AUGCUGGUGGCUCCAGCGAGAAAGGUGCAUUGGCGUGAGCUCACUGCAGCAACGCGUGAGCUCAUUGCAGCAAGGCGUGAGCUCACUGCAGCAAGGCGUGAGCUCACUGCAGCAACGCGUGAGCUCACUGCAGCAAGGCGUGAGCUCACUGCAGCAACGCGUGAGCUCACUGCAGCAAGGCGUGAGCUCACUGCAGCAACGCGUGAGCUCACUGCAGCAACGCGUGAGCUCACUGCAGCAAGGCGUGAGCUCACUGCAGCAACGCGUGAGCUCACUGCAGCAAGGCGUGAGCUCACUGCAGCAAGGCGUGAGCUCACUGCAGCAACGCGUGAGCUCACUGCAGCAACGCGUGAGCUCACUGCAGCAACGCGUGAGCUCACUGCAGCAACGCGUGAGCUCACUGCAGCAAGGCGUGAGCUCACUGCAGCAACGCGUGAGCUCACUGCAGCAACGCGUGAGCUCACUGCAGCAACGCGUGAGCUCACUGCAGCAACGCGUGAGCUCACUGCAGCAAGGCGUGAGCUCACUGCAGCAAGGCGUGAGCUCACUGCAGCAACGCGUGAGCUCACUGCAGCAAGGCGUGAGCUCACUGCAGCAAGGCGUGAGCUCACUGCAGCAAGGCGUGAGCUCACUGCAGCAAGGCGUGAGCUCACUGCAGCAACGCGUGAGCUCACUGCAGCAAGGCGUGAGCUCACUGCAGCAACGCGUGAGCUCACUGCAGCAACGCGUGAGCUCACUGCAGCAAGGCGUGAGCUCACUGCAGCAACGCGUGAGCUCACUGCAGCAACGCGUGAGCUCACUGCAGCAAGGCGUGAGCUCACUGCAGCAAGGCGUGAGCUCACUGCAGCAAGGCGUGAGCUCACUGCAGCAACGCGUGAGCUCACUGCAGCAACGCGUGAGCUCACUGCAGCAAGGCGUGAGCUCACUGCAGCAACGCGUGAGCUCACUGCAGCAACGCGUGAGCUCACUGCAGCAACGCGUGAGCUCACUGCAGCAAGGCGUGAGCUCACUGCAGCAAGGCGUGAGCUCACUGCAGCAACGCGUGAGCUCACUGCAGCAAGGCGUGAGCUCACUGCAGCAAGGCGUGAGCUCACUGCAGCAAGGCGUGAGCUCACUGCAGCAACGCGUGAGCUCACUGCAGCAACGCGUGAGCUCACUGCAGCAACGCGUGAGCGUGCGCAACGAUUUGACAGCGCACUGCCGCAACAAGGCUGCCGCAGGAAUUUGCCAGCGCCGCAAAAAAGGCAGCAACGCACAAGCCGCCAGCACGCAACAACGUGCCAGCGAGCUGCGAGGGCACCUGCAAGGCGCCAAACAUAA